CUCACUCGAUCGAGGGUUGCAGCCCCGCUUUCCAGACUUGUCCGGAGCUCCGUCGCAGGACCAAGUCGUUCCGCCAUCGGGGCCGUGCCAGCCACUCGAGCCUAUCCAACCCACCCUUUGCGCCUCUUCUCCUCAACCCCACUCGCCUGCCGCUCAGACGACCCAGGCGGCAAGCCAAACGAUGGCUCCCAUUCAACAAUCUACGACGAGUUCUACAACAUGCUCGAGUCCCCAGACGGAGAGCCUGCCCUCUCAAUAGCCUCCAUCUCCCCCACCUCGAUUACUCUCUCUGACGGGCUCGUCCUGCAAUGCCCGCUCUUCCUCCUCAACGGGACAGCCUUCAUGUGGGACUGCCCAAGUCUCCCUCCUGACGCCCUGCCAAAUGGUAAAGGGUGGGAAGAGUGGCUGGAUGAGGGUAAGAGAAAGGAGACGUGGGCGAUCCUGGACGCCGUUGAGCCGAAGCCGGAGGUGUUGCUGCUGGGCACAGGGAAGACGGUGAUCCCGCCGCCGCCUGCCCUGAGGAGGUUUCUGAACGACAUGGGCAUUCAAGUCGAUGCACAGUCGUCGCACAACGCCGCGAGUACCUUUAAUGUGCUGCAGGAAGAGGGACGCAAUGUGGCCAUUGCGGUGUUGCCGGCUGAAAGGAUACCGACUGACAAGACGAUACCGGGGAGGGAGAAGAAGCCGGAUGGACCGCAAAUGGAGUCGCCGUCCGGCCCCAGCACCAAAAGGCCGGAGCAGGGGGCAGCAACGGGCUCUACUCGCUCCUUCUCGACGAGCACACGGCCGCGCUUUGCGCAGACCAUACCCACGCCCACUGCCUCCUCAUCCUCGUCUGCGCCACCUCAGCAACGUCGUCGGCCUCCCACCACUUCCGGCCUCACUCUGCAACACUUCCUUUACCAAUCGCAAGCCCUCUCCCUAUAUCGCUCCUAUCUCCGUGCUUCACGCGGCAUACCCAACCCACAAGCGCGUCGCGAGACCAUCGACUUUUAUCGCUCGCAAUACUUUGCGCCUAGUGCGAAUGGCAAGGGCAAAUGGUUGGACGAGGAUCUCGAGAAGGUGCGCGAUUGGCUUGCGCAGGGGCAUCGCGAUCUGAAGAUGCAGAGAGGCAGUAUGAUGCUGGGAGGGGAUGGCAGUGGCGAGUACGCAAAGCUGAGGGGACGCAGAGGACAGGAGUGAGGACCGAGGUGGCGAG